AUGGAAGCCCAGUGUCGGAAUGCAGUUUACUUGAUGAAGUAUCUGAAGUUGAAGGAACCUCGAAAAUCCUUGGCAGUUAGUCAGGCCACUUUGCUCUCCGGGGACUCGACUCCAGAGCAAAGCUUAGCCAAGGAGUCAAAUGGCUCUCCUACCAGGAUUGAGGUACCUGGUGCAGACCCCGGACACGUAAAGGCACUGGGUCGUCGCUUGAGGGCUAUAAACCUCGCCACUUCUAUUUGGAAGAAGGGUUCAAGGUGCUUCUUUGACUGUCAUUUUAGCCAUCGAAGAACAGCUAGAAAUAGCAUAGCUAUCGACCAAUUCAGUGAAAUGAUGGAGAGUUUCACAACAGACCACCCGGGUGCAGCAGUGAAUGAGGGUUCAACUGGCUCUGCAAGCGCCCAAACGGCAACCACAAUUGCGACACUAUCUCCCGAGACCCUUCUUCGACGUCUAGCAAGGAGUAUAUCGACUCGACUUGCAUACAAGCGAUGUCUCCUAGAAAACUCAACACAGCGUCUGGAAGAACUUAAAAAGGAAACCGAAGUGGUACGAAAUGUUCUCCGCAAAGUCAUAACCGAUGCUCUCCCACAAAUGCGUAGUGACGAAGACGUCUUCUAUUUCCACAUUCCCCAAGCCACCUCCUCCACCACUCCUCAAAAGGAAAUGGAAGUAGAAAUGGUGGUUAGUCAAGUUGCUUCCUCAAAUAUCCAUCCCUUCCAUCACCAUCACCAACACCAACAUCACCAUCAACACAACAAUCUGAACAAUCACAACUCCUCCGAACCCUCGGCAACCACCUCCGUGACCUCCAAUCUCCUACCGCGUCUUGAUCGCCUCAUUUCCAGUCAGGCGGCUGUACUGGAACUCAUCUGUCAGCUCACUCGCCGUCUCUAUUGUCUAGAUCGGAAGAUUGCUGAAUGCUUGGCUAAUAGGCUAACGCCAAGUGGCAAGAAGGGUGAAGAUGCAAAGGACCUUAAUGAAACAGAUGCCGUUCUGGUGGGUUCUGAUGACAUAUUGUCGUACGCAUCAGCAUAUCUCAAAUUUAGGCAUAUAAGGCAAUUUGCCGGUGGAAGAGAAAUCUCGUUAUUUGAAUUAGCAAUGACCUAA